UAUGCUAAAUAGAGGCAUUAGCAAUAUGUGGCCCAGACAAACGCGAUGUUCACAGGCUGUAAAUUGUUGUUGACUGCCGAAAAUUAGGGAGAUUUCCGGGCGUUUACGGGGAUGAAAAUCCCACUUUUCAUGCAGUGACAUUUCCUGCUUGUGGUAUCAUUCUGUGUGCUUUCAAUCAAGAAACUGACUCAAGAGCUUCGUGGGAAAUCAAUGAAAACCUAAUGAUUAUUUUCAGAUAAUCUAUUCAUCAUUAUGUCUAAAAUAUCUGCAAACUGAAAGAUGCCCAAAGCCUACAGAGAUGUUUCAUUUUGUUUGAAGAGAGAAUAUUUAAUUAACUGAAUCACCAAAACGAUAAAUAAAAUAUCCAGCUCGGUGUUAUUGAAUAAUCUUAAACUAUAACUAUAUUCAUUGUGUGUUUGUUCCUUCCUCGACAGAUGAAAACAAACCAAAGAAGAACCAGCCGGAAGGUGCGUCCAAAGCCCGACAUCACCGCUGUGAGAACUGUGGGAAGUCCUUUGCGAGGAGGAGCAACGUUGUCAGACACAAGCGGUAUCACUGCGGCCCCGCGAGAGUUACGCCAAGCCGGCCAGAGUCGGAACAGACUGAACGGCAUUUCGAGACUGCAUGUGCGCGUCGACAGGGAGAACGGGGAGAAUCAGGAGGAAAUAUCUGGAGAGGCUCCACGAAAGAGACAUCACGCCUGCAAGCAAUGCAAUAAGAGAUUCUACUCGUUGCACAACCUCCGACAGCACCUCCCCAUUCACACGGGAGAAAAAUCUCACAGCUGUGACGUGUGUGGGAGGCAGUUUGGGAGAGAGGGCACCCUGAAGGAGCACCACCUGAUCCACACAGGGGAGAAACCGUUUAAAUGCGAACAGUGUGGCAAGAGUUGCACCAGGAGGGGAGACCUCAAAAUACACAUGCUCAGUCACUCAGAGGAGAGACCGUACGGUUGCAGCUACUGCGCGAAGAGCUUCAAGCAGCAGGCGAAGCUCAAGCAGCACGAACGGGUCCACACGGGGGAAAAACCGUUUCAGUGUAAGUUCUGUCCGAAGCAGUUUAGAGUCAAACUCUUGCUGGCGGCGCACCAGUACACCCACACGGGAGAGAAACCUUUCAAGUGCACACUGUGUCCCAAGGCCUUCAGCAUGAGAAACAACUUGAAGAAGCACCAGAUGAUACACACUGGGGAGAAACCGCACCGCUGCUCGCACUGCGGCAAGAGCUGCCGACUACUGCAGCACCUGAUCUUCCAUGAACGCGGCCACACGGGGGAGAAACCGUACAAGUGCGACAAGUGCGGGAAAGGUUACGCCCAUCCAACGAGUCUGAAAAAACACCAGUCCGCUCAUGAGGAGAAACCGCCACGCUGCUCCCUGUGUGGGCGAGAAUUCACCGAUGGAGCGGAGCUGAGCAGUCACAAGUGUUCUGGGACAACGGAGAGACCACACCGCUGCUCUCAAUGCGGCAAGUGCUUUUCCCAGCUCGUGAACAUGAAGAAACACCAGCUGAUCCACACGGGGGAGAAACCCUAUGACUGUAAGGAGUGUGGGAAGCAGUUCAACCAUAAGAGUAACCUCACCAAACACUUACGUGUUCACACAGGCGAGAAGCCGUUUGAGUGUGAACUCUGUAAGAGGGGCUUCAGGCUCCUGCAGCACCUCAGAAUCCACCGAUUAACGCACAAGAAGAAAGAUUAGAGACACUAGAUCUGAGAUUUAUCUUUUGUGGCAGCCGCCAUGGCUCAGGAGAGCGAGUUGGUUUGAUCGAUAGCUGCGACUUUCGGGUCUGAAAGAUAGUAAAACAGUAAUAAAUAAUAUAAUAUAACAGUAAUCAACAGUUUUCCUUAUAUAAUUAACAUGUUUUACGAAGUUUGUGUAAAGCAAACUUUGACUCUUCCUGAUAUUUUGCAAGUUUUUAUACAAUUCUGUCUAUUUUUAUAUAUUUUGUAUAUUGCAUAGAGAUUUAAUAAGCUUUCUUGUCCCUGACGCUUGGCCAUUGUUGGCUAUUACACAAUUUACUUUUAAGAUUUACGGCUGUUGUGUUUAUUUUUUAAAGUUUUCUUCUACCCUUUAAAAUCCCCCAUGAAGUUUUGCCGACCCCUAGUGGGGGUCCUGACCCCCCAGGUUGGGAACCACUGAACUAUAAGACAGCAGCCACAGCCUGCUCACCCUGCUGCAUUCUGGGAAGAGGUACAAAGCUUCUGCUGCUGUACAACCAGACUUAAAGACAGCUUCUUCCUUCAAGCUGUGAGACUGUUAAAUUGUACCACAAAUUAGUAUUUUUUAAAUUAUUAUUUUUUUUUUACUUUAAGUACUAUAAAGGGGAACUAUACCUCGUCACAGCGGCUCCAACCAGGACUCUGACUCCAGGGAGGUGGAAGAUAUGGCGGAUUCAGGCAGCGACAGGAGAGGAGGGAGUUUGUAGCAAGAUGACUUGUAACUGUUAACGUUAUCCAUCAUCCAUCGCAUUGAUCAGUCCGCCAGGAUUAGUUUUAGUGAAGUUGGAAGUUAUUUAUUCCGUGUUUUGAACAACCAGACUUUGUGAUGUUACACUGUGUUGAAAUAAAUUGACUUAAUGUUCAA